AAUGGACUUUGAGUCCCUGUCUUGCCCUAAAGUGAGCGAAGAAGAACCGAGAAGAAGAAGAGUCCAUCUUUGUUGUUGUUUUCGUAAACACGACGUAAAUUUCCAUUUAUUUUACAUUCUGGUGUCGUCAAAUAGGAGCGUUUACUCGUGUAAAGGUAGCAACUAUGGAUCAGCUAGGACAGCAACAGCCACAGCAGCAACAGCAGCAGCAGCAGCAACAGCAACAGCAGACGGGUACUGCGGCCAACCAAGUUGCAAGGACAGCUGGUCUCCCUUUGUCUGAUUUCCUGAUGCAGCUGGAAGAUUACACCCCAACUAUACCAGAUGCCGUGACUGCAUAUUACCUGAAUUGCUCCGGAUUUGAAGCUGCGGACGGAAGACUGGUUCGUCUGAUCUCGCUGGCAGCGCAGAAGUUCAUCUCCGACAUCACGAACGACGCUUUGCAACACUGCAAGAUGCGUGGGUCCCAGCAGUCCAGCAGCAAGACGAAGGGGAAGGACAAGAGAUUCACUCUAACUAUGGAGGACUUGACUCCUGUGUUGGCUGAAUAUGGUAUCACAGUCAAGAAACCUCACUACUACAUUUAAAGAACAUAGCAAAAAUUUUAGUAGUACUAUCUAGUUCUCACGGGUGAGUGUGUCUGGGUGGCCGUGUACUAGUUUUCUAGUUUUGCGUGUAAUGAAAUUAUCAUAUUUUAACGACUUAGCACUAGUUUUAGUAGUUUAUUCAUGUAACUUGAUGUAGCUAAAAGUGGAGUAUGUCUGAAAUGACUUGAAUCUUGACCAAAUGUGGCACUGUAGAAGUGUCUUACAAUUUCUGAGAUUUUUUUUUAGCUUCUGACAGGUCGUAGUAUGUAUUCUAACAACAUUUUGUAUGGUUAUUUAUCAUCGUAAAAACCAGGCCAUACAUUUUAUAUAGAUCUGUAAAUUUAUGGACAGUAGAGUGCUGUAUCUUUAUUAUGAAGCUGUAUUUGUACCAUAGAUAUGUAGUAACCAUUAUGAAAUCCAUGAAAUGGGAUAUUGUAGGUCUGAUGAAAUAAUAAUAGACGUGCUUUUAUAUGUUAGAUACAAGGCUCCUUUAUGGAAAGAUAAUUAUGCAAGUUUUUUUUUGGCAAAUUGAUAUUUCUACUAUGUUUUAGUUUCAAAUAAAGGAACAAGGAUUAGCAAAA